AUGACACUCAGUGCCGAGUCACUGGCAAAGCGGCUGCGGACAUCGCAUCUGUGCACAUCAAUCGGUGCGUUAUCUCUUGGUUUCCUCUGCUGCUGCCUCAUGUUCUCUCUGCCCCUUUACCGCCGUUCUGGUGUGUGCCAGAUGAAGAAAAGGAUGCAAGACCCUCAAAGAAGACUUCGGUGCCUACAAGCUUACGAGUCUGUUUGCAGAUCGAGAAAAAACCUUCGAAUUCAUGGUAGACACCAUAAGCAGAAAGUUAAAACCACGGUUCUCCUUUGCAGUGCCAACCCAACAACUUGCCGCCCACUGCCGACGAGUGGGAAGAAGUUUCGGAUGUUCAUGAAACUUCACGUGGCGACAGACUCAGGAACAUCAAUCGCUCUCUAUUGGGAGACAAAUGCGCAAGUGCAACUGGCGCGACAAACGCUGAAUGCCGUGCGCUUGUGACUGGCGACUGGUACUGGCUAAGAAAUGCAGGCUACUCUUAUCCCAUGUAAGUAGAGCCGACAAGUGUCUCCAACAUACACACGGAUAAACAUUUGUUGUUCGGUGUCUUCUUGUGUAUAUUCAGCACGACCAUUUACGACACCACUCUGAGACUCAUCGACGGCGCGGAGAAGGUUUCACUUUAUAUAUAUAGAGAGCGCAUAGAGGCGCCCUUGGUAAUUCCCCUUCUCACCUGGUUGAUGUCUCUGUCUGUUGCCAUCUGUAGUACGUCUACAUCGAGAGUCAAUACUUUAUUUCGAGUGCCUUGGUCAACUGAAAGAGGCAGAUCAUCGACAUGCCUGACGACUGAUGUCUGCUCCCUCUGCUUAUCACUUUCAGCGCCCCUUUUCUCCGAACCCAGAUGGAAUAAGUGAUCCGCAUGAUUUCAUACAGCCGAAGUUCGAGUCGGCCUUCGGUGAUUUGGAAGCCGACCUGCCGAAAAGCUGUACGAAGAGCUUUCUUGUCAAGAAUCGCCUGGGCAAAGUUCUGUAUAAGUAGGUGAAAGAAGAACUUUGCGAUGAUAAAUGAGUGUUGUUUCUCGAUUGUUCAGGCGCAUCAAGCGAGCAAUCGAGGAAGAUGAGAACUUCUCGGUCGUUCUCGUGACAUCAAUGUCCGCAGAAGAAGCGAUUGUAAGCCACACAGGCGCAUGAAUGUCUGCUUUGACACAGCUUUAUUACCUGCGCGUGCCUUCAGUUGUUUUACAACCGAUAUUUCACCCUCUUUCGUAUACUCCGAUAUCCUACACAGCGGCUGAUGGGUGCUCAAAAGGGCUGCAUUGUGAAUUACUGACCUCAGAUAAGGAUUGCGAGCUCAUUCCGGCCCUGGAGAGAGUUCUGGAGGACACACGCAAGAAGAACGCUAAGACGGGCGCCAGAAAAGCGACCAACAAACAACUGAAAGACUACUUUACUGUUCUUUUCCACGUAAGGCGCCUGAUUGUUGUGUCUUCCACUUGAGCAUGUGUGCGUCGUCGUCUUUUGUACACAUCAGGGCCGAGUUGACUUUGCCUUGUGA